UAUCUCAACGGUCACCAGCACGAUGUUGGGCGAUUCAGAGGCCGGUGCGGCCGUCGCGGCCGGUCGUGUACCACCGGAAAUCAGCCUCGCCUACUUGGAGGAAGACAGAGACGGACCUUCAAUGGAUGCGUCAAUCUUCAUGUUCGCCCUCACACUAGUGGUUGUCAACGGUCGCGCCUUUUCACGAUUCUUCCUGCGGAAAAGCUUUGGGAUAGACGACACGCUAGCAGUGAUAUCAAUGGCAAUGUUUAUAGCCUUCGUUCCACUGUGCAUCAUCCUCAUCAACAUCGGUUCUGGUCGACACUUUGAAUUCAUCCAAUUCGUCAUGACCCAAAAUAUCCUGGAAGAGACGGAAAUUCUCGACUUCACCGCCCACCUGAUUUACACAAGCGCGCUAUUCGUCUGCCGGUUCUCGGGUCUAGCGUUCUACUACCGCGUGUGCGGCGUUCACAGCAGAUUCCUUCUCGCAAUCAAGGGAGCCGCGCUAUUUCUCAUUGCCGGCUACAUCACCCAGAUGCUUCUCAUCAUCUUCCACUGUCUUCCGGUGACAGCAAUAUGGCCUUACGAGUGGCAGUCACAGUUUAAUCAGUACAAAUGCCUCCCGUGGGGCUUUGUCUACGGAAUUAACUCGGCGGUUUCUUUGCUUUGCGACUUUGUUCUCUUCGGGAUACCCGUAGCGAUGUUAUGGAUGUUGGAGAUGACACGAAAGAGGAAGAUCCAGCUUGCUUGCAUUCUCUUGCCUGGAAUCUUCGUUGUUGCGAUCUCAAUUGCCCGCCUUAUUUUGGUUAUCAACGGACAAUGGCAACCUGACCAGUCAUGGAUCUACAGCCCACUUCUCGCGAUCGAGGUAUCAGAGAUCGGCGCUACCCUCAUUGCACUUUCUAUCCCGGGAUUCAGGCCACUAGCCGAAGAGAUUUUCAACAGAGUAGUCGCGAAGCUGAGACAGUGGUUCCCCAAGUUCUUCAACAAGCGCCGGCGGAAUUCCACGGUGCACCCCGACCUAUGGUACGAAACACCACCAUGGCAACAAGACGGGACACCGAUGACAGGGGACUUCAAAGCGAAGGACCUGGAGAGAGUGGUUGGAUUGGAAUUAAAAGAGAUCAGGAGCCCCGACAAGGCUCACCAAAGCCCCAUCGACAAGUACGCUCAAUCCAGCAAAGGCAAGGCAAGACCUGAAAGUACGAACAUCUGGAUGUUCGAGGACCCGGUUAAGGACAAGGAUCGGAUGUAA